UUCUUCUAUUUUUCCCGUUGCAACAAAAUUUUCAUAACCAGGUUCGAUAAAUCCACCGAGUCCACUCAGAUUCAACUCGAUCGGUUCAGCCUUUGAAAUUUUCUUCCCAUUUUUUUUUUCAGAUCUCUCUACCUCUACCUCUGCCACCGCCUCUCUCGCCGGAAUGUCUGAAAUUUGAUGAAUAUGGUGUGCCAAGCUAUGAAUUCAUGGACAUUUUGUGACUUAGUGGCAGCAUUUCUUGAUCUUUCAAUAGCUUAUUUUUUGCUUUGUGCAUCGAGUCUUGCUUUUUUGGCCACAAAGUUAUUGGGUUUGUUUGGAUUGUGUUUGCCGUGUCCUUGUGAUGGAUUGUUUUGGAACCCAAGGAACAAUCAAUGCUUGCAAAAACAAUUAGUGGAUUGCCCAUAUGAGAAGAUCUCUUCAGUUCAGUUCUCAGUGAGGAGUAAGUUCCCUUUUGAUUCCUUUUGGGAUGACGAACAAAUUGAAAACUCAGAUAUAAAAUUAGGAAAUGAGAGCAAUCAUGAAAAAGGGCAUGCUGAUUUGGAAUUUGCAGCCUCAAGUAGCUCCUUUCCACAGAGUUUACAAGAUUUGGCUGAGAGAGAUUCAUCGAAUAAACCUGGUGGUGAGUUUGGUUUUGCAAACUCAGACGCUUCCAAGGAAGAUCAGUAUGAUCUUAAGGGAAAGAGGGUUCAGGGAUGGAGGCUGAGAAAUGGUCUUCGUCGCCGUCGCAGGGGAGCCUCUGUUAGUAAUGGAAAGUUGUCCUCAUUUUCAUCAUAUGAUACUCUACAGUCAGAUGCACGGAACACUCCUCACUCUCCUUCCAGCAUCAGUAAAUUGGGGAAGGAAGUUGAUGAAGGUCCUAGUAAUUAUGGAGAUGGUCGAGAAGCUUCAACAGAAUAUGGUUCUGCUGAUAAAGCAUCACUUAGUCUUGAAUUGAGUAACUCAAAUGAAGAAAAUAAACAAGUCAGAAGAGAAGUGAUAUCAGUCGGAGAGUUAGGGUGUGAUGCACCAAGGAAUUUGAAUUUUGAUGAUAAUCAGAAGAAUAUGAUUAGAAUGUUGGAACAAGCAUUAGAAGAAGAGCAUGCUGCUCGAUCGGAUUUAUACCUUGAACUUGAGAAAGAGAGAAGUGCUGCUGCUACUGCUGCAGAUGAGGCAAUGGCCAUGAUAUUGCGCUUACAAGAAGAAAAAGCAUCCAUAGAGAUGGAGGCCAGGCAAUAUCACAGAAUGAUUGAAGCCAAAGCUGCUUAUGAUGCUGAGGAAAUGAACAUUUUCAAAGAGAUUUUAUUAAGAAGAGAGAGAGAAAAGCAUUACUUGGAGAAGGAAGUUGAAGCAUACAGGCAAAUGAUUUUGGACAAUGAUCAAUCAGAUUUUGAGAUUCAAGAUGCAGCUGGUAUUCUGGAACAUGACUCGUCUACUCUAUUUUCAAAACAAGACCCAUUGUUGAUGCUGGAGCAGAUAAAUGAUUUCAGUGAGAAACCAAAAGUGGAAUUUGUGAAUAGUUCUUCAGAGUAUGAGUUAGCAUCAUUCAAUUCACAAAGUAAUACUCUUACUUUUGGGAAAGAAUUAGAAAUUCCUCAACUGGCUGAAGAUAAUGAUUCUUUGAAAGCUGUGGACAUGCAUGGAAUUCCCAGUAUUGAUUCACAUUCUCAUUUCUUAAAUAUCACCAAUACCAACAAUGAAUUGCAGCAGGAAAAAUGUACCGUAGAUGAGAAUCUAGUUUCUCAACAAAAGGAGGUAGAGAGAUUGGUUGCAUGUUCAAAAUGGAAUGAUUUAAGUAAUCCUCAAGAACCCAAUUUUUAUGAAAAAUCAAUUACCCCAGUUGUGGAAGGCCCAGAUCAAACUGGUAGCUCUAGUGUAUGCAUAGACUUGGCGUCAAUGGCAACUGAUAUUCCAUAUCUAGAAACCAAAGAUCCAUCUAAAGUGGUGCUUGAUGCAGAGUCUCGUGUUUAUGAUGUUCAUGUUAUUGAUGAUGACUCUAAGGUUUUGAAUAAAGUAACUGUAAGGAAAAGUGAACAUCAGUCUGUGAGUGCUCCCUUAGCUCUUCCUAGAAGAUGGGGUAGUAUGUCUUUAAGUAUGUUGGAAACUCGGUAUGAUGGGAACAGAAGUAGUUCAGACAUAAGUAGUGGGUUACCACCAAAAUGUAACCCUCGAGGAAAAACUGCACGUAAUGAUUUCCGACGAAAUUCAAUGUCGGCAGUUGACUAUGAAAGAUUGAAAAUUGAGAAUGAAGUUGAGUGGCUUAGGGAAAGGUUAAGGAAAGUGCAAGAGGGAAGGGAGAAACUGAACUUCUCUGUGGGGCAUAGAGAGAGGGAAAAACUUCAGUUGCAACUUUUGGAGGAUAUAGCUGGCCAGCUUCAUGAGAUUCGACAAUUGAAUGAGCCUGGAAAGGUUGAGCGCCAAGCUUCAUUACCCCCUGCAUACUCUAAGGUUACAUCUAAGAAAAGAUGCUGGCGAAGUUCAUCAAUCGGAAUUCAGAAAAGUACUCGAUCCCUUUCCGGGACAUGGGAUUAAAGGUACAAGAACAAAUAAUACAAGUUACUUUUACUAUGAAAUGUAACGUUUUAGAAACUACAAAGGGGGGCUCGAGUGCACAGAAGUCUGCAUUUGUAGAUUUGGCGCAGGCACUGUUUAGCAUUCAGAAUAUGCGUUAUUUUGUCUAUGGAGCUAGAAAGAAGCUACGACCCUUGGUCUUGUGCUGGAGUUGGACAGAAAAUGGCAAGAGUAUAAAUAGGAGAUGUUAAGUAGUUUACUUCGUAGGUCUUUUAUCUGUUCAUUUUACAAUGUUCUUAGCCACGUAGCUGCCACGAGAGAAAUAAAUUUUGAAAAGUUUUGGACAUUAUGACGAGAGAAAUAAAGGGUCAGUCACACUUUUGUUUUAAAGUUGUGUUUUAAA